UCUCUCUCACUCUCUGUCUAUCUUCUUUUCUUCCUCUCUCUCUUUAUUUCUAUCUAUCUCUCAUUUCAGGAGAGUAACUCAUACCAAAAUGGCGGAAUCGACUUCGACAGACAACGUUGAAGAAGCUUUUAGUAAUUUUUAUACAGAAGUGAAAGAAAUUGAAAAACGAGAUGCAUGUCUCACAUCUAAAGAACAGAUUGAUCGUCUUACAAGACCAGGAUCCACAUAUUUUAACUUGAAUCCUUUUGAUGUUCUUCAAAUUGACCCUGAUAUGCCUAUGCCUGAAGUAAAGAAAAAAUACAGACAGAUGUCCAUAUUGGUGCAUCCAGAUAAAAAUCAGCAGGAUAAAGAAAGAGCACAAAUAUCAUUUGAAGCUGUGAACAGAGCAUACAAGACUCUUGAAAAUGAAGAAGGUUAUAAAAGAUGUCGAGAAAUCAUUGAUGAAGCAAUUUCCAGAGUUGAAGAAAUGACUAAACAGAAAAGGAAACAGUUAAAGAAAGAAGGCAAACCUAUAGUUGAUGAUGACAUUAAUAAACAUAAACAUGCAGUAUAUGUGCAGACUUGUAAACUAUUUGCUGACUUAGAGCGAUUGCGUCAAGAGAAAGAAGCCAAAGAAAUGCAUGAAAGGAAGAGGAAAGCAGAAGAAGAAAUUUUAGAUGCAGAAAAAAGAAAAGUUGAAGCAGAAUGGCAGAAAAACUAUGAAGAAAGUCGUAAAGAACGUGUCAACAGCUGGCGAAAUUGGAAGGCAGGUGGCAAAAAAGCCAAAGGUUUGUUUCGUCCCCCUAAACACAAGGCAGAGCAAAGAUGAUUUGGUGGACUGCUUUUAUGAUGUGAAACAAGUGAGGUGAUGCAGUCAGAAAUUUCCUUUUUUUUAAAAAUUUUUUGUCGGUGGCCACAACUGAAAGAACGAAUUCCAAAUAUUUGCUUACAUCAUAUAUGUGUGUAUGUAUGUAUUCAUUCAUACAUACAUACAUACAUACAUAUAUAUAUAUAUAUAUAUAUAUAUAUAAUAUAUAUAUGCAUACAUACAUACAUACAUACAUACAUAUA